GUGUGAGUGUCUGAUGCUCCGGGGGGAAGAGGCCAGAGGAUGGAGCGAGGUAAGGGGAGACAAGUGCCUGAUGCCCCCAGGGGCUGUGCAAUGUUGUCCCUACUCGCCCAGAGGGCUUAGUGGCAGGGGUAUUGCUGUUGCAGGAUUUGCCCUUAAUCCUAUCUCGCCUUCCUGUUAGCAAAAUAAUCCUGUUUGAAUACUGGGCUCCCUGGUGGCUUCAGGUGAGCUGGGGAUACACAGGGCUCCCGCCUCCUUUAAAUCAGUUCCUCCAUUGUGCCUGGGAGUGUUAGUCAGAAACUGUUAUUAGAGGCAGAAUGGUCUGUGUAUGGAAACAACAUACUGGGCAGGGCCAGACCAUCACCCUGUAGUCAUAUUGCUGUGUCCAGGUCCUUCUGCUGGUGUCUGUCGCUCUCAUUCCACUGCAGCUGAUAUUAGGUCGGAAAAUCUUUGGGGCAACGACCACAUCUUUUUAUGUAUUUUUAAAGGGCCAAGGGCACUAUUGGGGUGGCUUAAAAACAAGACAAAACUAAUAUCUUGGGGCUUGCCUACACAUGGCGUUAUUCCUGAUUAACUCCCCAUGUGGACACUUUUGUUUUGGAAUAAUGGUGCCAUGUUUCUUUUUAGCAUAACCCACUUUCAAAGGAUCAGAGCUAACUCCAUAUGUAGACAAGCCUUAAGUAACCAACUGAGCUGGAAACUUUUUUUUAAUGCGAAUGUAAACUUCUCCAAAAAUCAAGGAGCCUGUUUCCCUCCAUGUACCGUGAUGGAAAAACUUGCUAUUUGCCACUGACACUAGUCCAGAGAUGGGAAACAAAAAUAACUGGCCUGUGGUAAUUCUGCUGGGGUGGGCUGGCUGCCGUGAUAAACACCUGGCGAAAUACAGCACCAUCUACCAUCAGAAGGGGUGCACAGUUAUCCGCUACACAGCUCCAUGGAAGAUGACGUUUUUUGCAGAAUCCUUUGGCAUCAGGUCCCUCCGGACCCCAGCUAGAAAGCUGCUGGAGCUGCUCUUUGACUAUAAAAUUGAAAAGAAACCGCUGCUGUUUCAUGUGUUCAGCAAUGGCGGGGUCAUGCUUUACCGCUACAUCCUAGAGCUCAUCCACACGCAUGGGCAAUUCAGCAGCCUCAAGGUGGUGGGCACCAUUUUUGAUAGCGCCCCCGGCAGAAGAAACGUGACGGGGAGUCUGCGUGCCUUGGCAGUUGUCUUGGGAUCAACUAACGUGCUGCUGAAGUAUUGUCUCCUGCUUGUCUUCACCGUCCUGGUGGUGGUGCUGCGGAUCUUGCUGUAUCCAGUGACUCGCUUCUUCCAUGAGACCCAUUAUGAUGCCUUGCUGAAGGGGCCUUCGAGGUGGCCCGAGCUCUACCUCUACUCCAAGGGUGACAGGAUCAUCCUGGCCAGUGACAUAGAGCACAUGAUUGAGGCCCGGAGGCAGCACAAUGUUGCAGUGAGAGCUGUGGACUUCUCAGACUCUGCUCAUGUCAGUCACUUGCUGGCAUAUCCCUCCUAUUACAUGAGCCUCUGCACUUCUUUCAUGUAUGACUGCGCUGGAUGCUCAUAGGUUCCACCCAGGCGGAGGUAGCAAGUACCUGUGUAAAGACCCCCAGCAGAUGCUCCUUCACUGGGAUCACACCAGAAACAAACUGUGCGUGCUCUCUCUCUGCCUCUCUUUCUUCAGCAUCUCUUCUGCUUACAAUAAAAUCCUGAUCCCAACAUCCUUCCCCAGAGCGUGGAGGCACAGAAUUGCUGAUUUCUCGGCAACCAAUGCACAGCUGGGUGUCUGAAGCCUCCAAAUCAGUUGUUGGGCUGGGCAGAGGUGAUGGUGCUAAGUAGAGCCAAAAGAGUCUAAAUGAAUAUAACUUACCCAAUAGGGGUAAAAUCCUGACCCCACUGAAGUCAGUGGGAGGUUUGCCAGAGCUGGAAUUUCACCACAGGAGGCCAGAGAAAGGAGUGCAUUACUGUGAGUGGGGGAGCACUGCACCCCCCUUUUUAUACCCUCUUCCUCUCUCCCUGCUGCCCUCCACUAUCGUAGUUCCUGAUGUAUAACUUACAUCACCGUCCACAUCCACUCUCCAGCUUGUUACACUGGAGCAAUUCUGUGACCCAGGGCUCUCCAAUUAGCCUAGGUUUGGGGUUUUUUUAUCUGCUACUUCCUCCGGCCCACUGAGUCAGCUGAAGCUCUGCAGUGUCAGCUCAUUCUCCCACUCCCCACCCCACCCUUCUAUUUACACUCCUCUUGCCCAGCCCUGCGUAUAGUCCCAUUGAGGAGGACAGAAUGAGACUCUUGGCAGAGCCUUCAAUAGGGCAGAUCAAUGCAGGUCCCUCCCUAUCCCUGCCCGGGAGGCACUGCACCUCAGCCCUACUCCUAGCUGGAGAUCAGCUGCAGCAAUCAAACGCAGGGUCUCCAAAAGGGCAGUGCAGGUAACUGCGAGUCAAUGUGUCAGCCUGGUUCUGUUUAAUAGGGCUGGAGCAGAAUGGCCAAGGGGUUGCUGCCUUGCUGGAUGACUCAACCCCCCAUAGCUGAGUUAAUUUAAAGCUUUAUCUGUGAAAUAUC